AUUUAUGACGCUGUUUUGUGUUGCUUCAUAGUGCUGUAACUUUGUGAACCUGUCGUUGGAACGAGAUUCGUCAGAAAACCAUUAUUUCGAAAAUGAAAUAUUUUACGAAGAUAAAUUUGCCAUUAUUGGUUGUUUAUAAUAUUUUUUGCAUAUUUCUUCUCAUUUAUGUAGAGAAAAGUGUGGGAGUUUCUAUUGACAAUGCAUUAAACAACAAAGAGUUUAUUGAUUUUCAGAAUACUCCGAAUAGUACAAUUACAAAUGAAACUGAUGUUGCCAGUGAUAGUGAUACUGAUGAUAAAGACGUUAAAGGUAAUUCAAGCACCAUAACUUCUGUAUCAGAACCUUUCAAUAAUGGGACUACAACUGAGCAACCUACAGAAACUACGACUAAUUUGACAACUAACAGCCCAACUAGCACUACUGUGUCUACCACAACAGAAAUAGUUAGUACCUCAUCAUCAGAGACCUCUACUGAGAAGACUUUGUCUUCAACUGGCUCUACCUUGCUUCCAACUGCAGCUCCAUCGUCUACACGGAGAUUUGACGCUCCUAGUUUUAUUGGUGGGAUCGUCUUGUCGCUCGGGUUUUUGGCCAUUAUGUACGUUGGGUUCAAAUUCUAUAAGGCUCGUACUGAGAGUAAUUACCACACUUUGUAAAGUACUUUGGUUGUCGAAUAAAUCAGAUUUUUAUUCGUUCAGACCUGUUAUACACCUGAUAUUUGUAAAUACAGUUCUUUCUUUCCUUUCAAUUACUAGUUUAGUUGAUUCACUGUGCAUUAGUAUAUUUAGAUAAUGUUGGUCACAAAGUGUGUAUUGAGAGCUUUCUUUCACAAGUUGAAAUUUUUGUUUGAGAAUAUUGUUUGAGGUUGUAAAAGGUGUUUACUAUUUUUUUUAUAUAUUUUUUUUAACAUCCUAUAACAACAGUAAGAUUAAAUGAUUUAUUCCAGGUCUUUCUUACUAUAUGUUGUGUUCCUUUAAUAAUGAACAAUCAUGUAAAACUUAUUACACUCUUCACUAAAGCUGUCAGAUUCAACAUAUAUUUUAGUGAGUAUUAAUGAGAUCUCUGAGACAAGACAUAGUAAAUUGUGAAAUCAGCUUAAGUUUGAUUUUGUGAUUUUAAUUAUUACUGCUGUAACAUUAGACUAGAAAUUGUUUAGUUACUGAUAGGAGCUGUUAGGGAGGUAUAGAAAAUAGCUUCUUUAUAGGAUCACUUAUCCAGCUAAUAACAGCUCUAACUCCUCCUGGUUAAUGGUAUUUUAGUUAAUAAAGAUAGUAAUGCUAGUUUAAAAGUAUCCAGUUGACAAUAUAGUCCUUCUAGUUUAACAGUAUCCAGUUAAUAAUAAAGAUAGUAAUGCUAGUUCAACAGUAUCCAGUUAAUAAUAUAGUCCUUCUAGUUUAACAGUAUCCACUUAAUAAUAAAGAUAGUAAUGCUAGUUCAACAGUAUCCAGUUAAUAAUAUAGUCCUUCUAGUUUAACAGUAUCCACUUAAUAAUAAAGAUAGUCCUUCUAGUUUAACAGUAUCCACUUAAUAAUAAAGAUAGUAAUGCUAGUUCAACAGUAUCCAGUUAAUAAUAUAGUCCUUCUAGUUUAACACUAUCCAGUUAAUAAUAAAGAUAGUCCUUCUAGUUUAACAGUAUCCACUUAAUAAUAAAGAUAGUCCUUC